UGGGAUGUUUCUAGACCGACUUCAGAACAUGAUUUUCUUUCGCUUAACUAACGGCAUAAGAAUAAUGUAGAUGGUGCGCGCCUCUGUAAUUUUGCCAUUUCCAAGGAACCGUGACCCUCACAAGUGAAUCCUCCUUCCGUGAAUUUUAAUUAUUGCGGCUGUAAUGCAAAUGCCGUAAUAAUCGCCGGAAAUAUUCUCGUUUGUUUUUAUUACGUCUGCAGUUUUUGUACAUCUCUGUGCUCAGUCGGAAUUUACCUUUCGGAGGGAAUAAUCAGCGUUCUCGUCGAGUGCUUUCCGCAUAGUGACAUUGGUGCGUUUUUCUGCGUUUUUAGCAACGAAGAAUAUAACUCACAGAUUGAACUAACGCGAUGGGUAGCGACGAUAGCGUGAUUGUACCUCCCGAGGAACAGAUUGAAUCCGAUUUGGAGCAUCUGAAAGAAUGGAUGGCGAAACAGCCCCACUUGCCUCUUAUCAAGGACGAAGAAUGGCUUAAAACAUGUCUCUAUAACAACAAAUUCAGCUUGGAGAAGACGAAAUCGAAGCUAGAAAAUUACUACACAUUUCGAAGCAAGUACCCGCAUAUCCUAAAGAACCGAGAUCCAACGGGACCAGACAUGUUAAAGGCACGAGAAUUCAUAAAAUUUGGAUUGGGACAAAAACGAUUGAAGGACGGGUCCCUCGUUUUAUUCAUAAAGUAUUGCAAUCCAAAUGCUUUCGACGCGAAUAUCUACGCCAAGAGGGUAUUCAUGAAUUAUGACAUGAUUGUGCACGACCCUUCAAACCGUCUUACAAGAUUGGUCUCAAUCAUAGAUCUCCAAGAUUUUAGCUCUGUGCAUGCCCUGAAGUUGAUGUCUGUCAUGGGCACCAUAUCCGAAAUCUUUAAUCUGGCGUACGUGUCGAGAACCAAAGCCGUCCACCUGCUGAACUUCCCGUCUUUCGCGUCUCCAUUUCUCGAGGCGAUGAAGAAGUUCUUUCCGGCCAAGAUGACCAGCAGGAUCCGGCCUCACCCGCCCGGGGACAGAACCUUGUUCGAGACCGUCGAUGAGGACGUGGUUUGCAGCGAUUUCGGUGGCAAGGGGCCCACUUUGGCCGAGUUGGAAGAUGAAAUGCAGAAAAAAUUGGAGAAAAUAAGAGGAUGGUUCGAGGAAGAAGAGAAUCUGUGUUCAAACGAGAGCCUGAGGAGGAAAGACUUCAAUCAAGUGGAAGAGAUGAGAGGCUCCUUUAGAAAAUUAGAGGUUGACUAGGGUCCUUCUUCGUCGAGGGUUUUCACCGUCUCUUGACCCAGCAUCGAACGCCACCUUUUGAAUGUUUUUCGGGAGAGAAACAUCGCGGAAAAGGGAAAACGCAUGCCUCUCUGGGUCCAUUUUUGUAUCUUGAAGUUUUUCCCAUCUGCCUUAUUUUACAAGGAAUCAGGAUCUCAGUGGGUACAUGAAUACGAUAAUCUUAGUAGGAUGAACGUACCAUCUCAAUCCCAAACCAUUUUCCCCGCAAUCAUCCUACAGUAAUGUCAGAGAUAUGAACCUCUGUGCGUAUGAUAUAUAAUAAUUUCACUGGGAGUGCUUGUAAUAUCUCAACUUUUGAAUUUAUCUUUUCAUUAUGAACUGAAGGCGCGCAAUCAAUCUGAAAAGAAAAAUUCCCAAUUAUGAAGAAUAUAAUAAAAAAAAAAAUAUGAGUUACUAAGAAAAAAUCAUUAUGACCAUAAGGAUUUUUAAAAAUUUACAACGGAAAUAUUUGUAUGUUUUCUUGUAAAAAAUCACUUACUCGAGGAAACGCCACGGAUUAGUUCAAAAUGGAAAAAAUGAACGGUUAAACUGCAACGGUGUGCAAUUUGGAGAAAAUAGCUAGUCGCCUGGAAAUCCAUGAUCAGUACUCAGUUUUUCAAACUUCAACUUAUCAGAGCCGAAUUGUUUUGUCCAACAAAUUCCAUGGACAUAUCUAUGAUCAAAGGAACUAUGCGCGUAGAGUUUACGUGCAACAUAGUUCCUUUUAGCAUUAAUACAUCCUAAUGGCAGUAUGCUGCACAAAAAUACGUUAAUUGAAUUAAGAGUCCGUUCCUGUAACUCACCCGUCCCCGCGAAAUAUCAACUUUUAAAGUUCGUCGGCGAGUUACGGCGACUCCUGAGGAACAGGAGUUACUUGUAUUUUUACUCGCAGGUGCAGCCACAUGCGACAGCCCUCGCGAAGUUCAAAAACUUGGGAAGAAAGUGUAAGAGUUGCUUCUGCCAAGCCAGCGAGCAACAGGUUCUCAUGGUGAGCUGUUAACAGCUUCAUUCUUUACUUUGUCGAGGUUUCGAUUAAUCAUUUUGUAUAAUAAACACAGCACAAUAAAGUGUCUGCCUGUACUUGGCCGAA